AUGAACUCCGAGACAGAGCUCCCUAAUCGGCUCGAACCAGAACAACCGAAUUCUUGCUUCUUGCAGAAGUUCAAGCUCUACGAGACUCGCUCGAAUUUUUAUAUGAUAGGAAGAGACAAAAGCAGAACCUUUUGGAGGGUGUUAAAGGUUGACAGAUUGGAUCCAUCUGAGUUAAACAUUCUUGAAGAUCCUGCAACAUAUUCGGAUGAUGAGUGCUACGACCUUCUAAAACGAAUACAUGAAGGAAACAAAUCAAUGGGUGGACUUAAAUUUAUCACCAUUUGUUAUGGAAUUGUUGGGUUCGUGAAAUUUCUGGGACCUUAUUACAUGCUAAUUAUUACAAAAAGAAGGAAAAUUGGAGCGAUUUGUGGCCAUACAAUCUAUGCAAUUUCCAAGAGCGAGAUGAUCCCAGUUCCAAAUCCUGCUGUGCGAUCAAAAUUGGCUAAUUCUAAGAAUGAGAACAGAUACAAGAAGCUCCUAUGCACAGUGGAUCUCACAAAGGACUUCUUUUUCAGCUAUUCAUACCAUGUCAUGUCUAGUUUGCAAAAGAACUUAUGUGAUAAUAAGACAGGACCAAUCCUUUAUGAAAAAAUGUUUGUUUGGAACGAAUACUUGACUCGUGGAAUCCGAAAUAGUCUGAAGAAUACUCUCUGGACAGUUGCCUUGGUGUAUGGAUUCUUUAAACAGGUCAAUCUUUCUGUAUCUGGCAGGGAUUUCAAGUUGACCCUCAUUGCCAGACGUUCUCGCCACUUUGCUGGCACCAGAUAUUUAAAGCGAGGUGUAAAUGAGAAGGGUAGAGUAGCUAAUGAUGUUGAGACAGAACAGAUUGUUAUUGAAGAUGCUGCUGGAGGAUCCCCAGUGCAAAUAAGUUCUAUUGUGCAGAACCGAGGCUCAAUUCCCCUUUUCUGGUCCCAGGAAACCUCUCGUCUAAAUAUCAAACCUGACAUAAUAUUAUCGAGGAAGGAUCAUAAUUACGAGGCGACAAGACUUCAUUUUGAAAAUCUUGUCCAGAGAUAUGGAGAUCCAAUAAUUAUUUUGAAUCUGAUUAAGAAAUGUGAGAAGAAGCCUCGAGAAACAAUUCUCCGUGCAGAGUUUGCAAAUGCUAUCACAUAUAUCAAUAAGAGUUUAACAGAUGCGAGUCGUCUAAGGUUUCUCCAUUGGGAUCUGCACAAACAUGCCAGAGGCAAAGCUACCAAUGUGUUGACAGAUCUAGGAAGAGUGGCUACGUUUGCAUUGGGUUUGACUGGAAUCUUCUAUUGUCAAGUAACUCCUAAUUUAGGGCCUGAAGGAUUAUUGAAGGGUUCCUUCUUUGAGAAAAAUGAUGAUAGUGGUAAGUGCUUGCAACAUAGCUGUUCCAGAAAAGAUGAGGAUGAUGAUAGCCUAGAAACAGAAAUUAGCAAUGGUAGUGACGAUGCAAGCAGAAAUUAUGACGUCAGAUCCCCAAUGUUUCAAAAAGGAGUCCUGAGGACCAAUUGUAUCGACUGUUUAGAUCGCACAAACGUUGCCCAAUAUGCUUAUGGGCUAGUUGGUCUUGGACAUCAGCUGCAUGCUUUAGGAAUUACAGAAUCCCCAGAUAUUGAUCUAGAUAACCCUCUGGCUGAAGAUUUGAUGAGAGUUUAUGAGGCAAUGGGUGACACACUUGCACUACAGUAUGGUGGUUCUGCAGCUCACAAUAAGAUAUUCUCUGAGACUAGAGGCCAAUGGAAGGCAGCAACUCAAUCGCAGGAGUUCUUUAGAACUCUACAACGGUUUUACAGUAAUGCCUACAUGGAUGCUGAGAAACAAGAUGCUAUUAAUGUAUUCCUAGGGCACUAUCAACCACUACAGGGUAAACCAGCACUGUGGGAAUUGGAUUCAGACCAGCAUUACAAUGUGGGGAGGCGUAAUGACAAUGUUAGGUCAUUUAUCAAAAGGUCACUAUCUGAUGGCCAUAUGCUUUCCGAAAGUGAUUCACCUAUAGCAAGUACAGAUGUAGGACACAAUCAGCCUUUGUCUGAAAUUGCACACGGAGGUAGCAAGGGGAUUUCAGAGUCUGCACCAGCAAUCCCAACUUGUGAAAGUGAGAUAUCCUAUUGCAGGUUCACUUCCCCAGUGCCUUGCAAGCAGCUUUUUAGCGGGAUGCAAGAAGACCAAUGCCUCCAAAGUGAUAAUAGUUUUUAUGAUGAGCAUGAUUAUGAUUGUAACUUCUCAAAUUUUCUGAAUUCGGACUGGUUGUCUUCAUCUGGAAAUUCAUGUGAAGAAGAAACAUAUGGAAGGUCUUUUGCCAGCGUUUCGUCGGAGAAUCUUGUGAAUGGACCAAAGGUUGAAACGAGUACAUCUGUAAGUGAAUCAGGAUCCACAAAAAAGGGCAAAGAGCAAUGUGAAUCUGAGCUCAGUGAUGAUAACGGCAUAUUCCAGUAUUCAAAAAGCUUCAUGAACUGGGUAGAUAACGGGGAGUUGCUGUUUCUUUGA